UUGAGAAUCUUUUGCAGAUUUGAAUGGCUUAAAAAUGGAGAAAAAUUAGAGAUAGAUGGUAAUCGGAUUGUAUGGCAGAAGCCGUCUCAAAGUGGAACAAUCAUAGUUAACGAAGCACAAGCUGGGGAUCAGGGUUACUACCAGUGUUAUGCUUCGAAUAUAUUCGGGACUGCAGUAUCCAGCAAAAUACAUGUUCGGCUAGGCGUGCUGGAUCAUUUUGCGCCACGUGGCAUUCGUCGUUUGAUCGUGGACGAAGGAAAAAGCCUGAGCAUUCGGUGCGAUGUUCCUCACGGUGUACCAAAGCCAUCUGUCUUCUGGCUCUAUCGAGACGCGCAGCAAACGAGUGUCAUUGAAACGAUUCGACGAAAGCACAUAGCUGUGGACACAGAAGGCACACUACACUUCUCGGCGGUGGAGCUUCACGACGGUAGGCAAAAUUUAAUAUAUCAAUGCGCCGCAACAUCACCGGUGUUACAGGGUGAAUAUCGAGCUGGCAAUGAGUUUCAGCUUAUCGUGAAUGCCAAUCGGAAGAGCAAUACAACCGCUGUGCAUAGGAUAUGGUUUAGUCCAGAUGAAGUAUCCGUGAAAGCGGGAGAGCAACUCAGAUUAAUGUGCAUUUUUGGCGGAAGGCCAUUGCCAGUGGUAACAUGGAGUAAACUGAAUGGUAAAUUACCAAUGGCUCGAAUGAAAGAUUUGACUUCGCAAGAGGCUGAUUAUGGUAAAUCCUUAAUCAUUGGGAAUGUUCGAUCGGAAGAUGCUGGAAUAUACGAAUGCCGAUCACAGCAUCUUUUUCAUCAGAUCCAUGUUACUGUUACUGCUGCUCCGUUCUGGAAAAACAACCCGCCUCAAGAUGUCGAUCAACCAGAAGAAAGUGCUGCCGAAAUACAUUGUAUUGCAUCGGGAACACCAGCCCCCAUAGUCCAGUGGUUCAUCAAUGGAAUGCCGCUUCACGGUAUUUUUUACGAAAAAUCUGGAUCUUUCAGCUUCGUUCAUGCUUGUAUACAUAAAUCAAUGUAGCU